AAGUCGUCGCCGUGAUGAACAUGGCGUAUUCGUGUCGCUGCUGCCUGCGGUGUUCUCCGGACAAGGACCUCACGACGCCAUACAUAUAUCUCGGCAAAACGGAGAUUUACGCUGAGAUGUUGAAAGACUGCUUCGAUUUACAGCUUACACUGGGCGGCUCGGGCUCGUGCGGCAUCUGCUCUAUGUGCGUGGGCCGCCUGCGAGACGCGAGCGACUUCAAGUUGCAAGUGCAGCGCAGCCAGGCGGAGCUGCAGGCGUGGCUGCAGGGAGCUGUAUUUGUAAAAGAGGAACCUGUUAAGAUUGAGAUAGCUGUUGACGUCCUAGAAGGUCAAGAAGAUGACACUGAGUUUGAUGCGUUAGAUGAAGAACCCGUACAGAAAACAGAGGUCAGUGAAUACGAGAUUGGAGAAGUUUUGGAUGAAGAUCCUUUAGUGAAGCCGGAUACAUCGGGUAAUGUGGUGAUGAAGGAUUCAUCAAAGACAGCUGAGGCCGGUGAGCCGCCGGCCCCGCUCAGCCAGCGCCACCUGGCGGCCGCCUGCCGCGUCGGACGCUUCCUGCACCAACUACGUCACAAGCCCCCGCCAUGCAACUCCAAAACCCCCGCGCGCUACCAAUGCCACCACUGCGGACGAACCUCCCCAAAGAAAACCCUCCUCACAAAACACAUAGAAAAGAUGCAUUCUGGCAACACUUACAAAUGCGGUUUCUGUCACUACAAUUUCAAAUACAAGUCUGCAUUGCGAGAACACGAAAUGACGCACACCGGCGAGAAGCCUUACCAAUGCAGCUAUUGCGAUUACAAAACCAGAAUCAACUCCAACUUAAAGUCUCACCUCAGGAUACACACCGGGGAAAAACCGUUCAAAUGCGACAAAUGCGUCUAUAAGUGCACGCGGAAAUCAGUGUUAAAGAGACAUAUGAUGACUCACACUGGGGAGAAACCUUACGAGUGUAAGUACUGCGAUUAUAAGUGCAGCGAUCAAACCAACAUGAAAACUCAUGAAAUGGCUCACACAGGGGAAAAGCCUUACGAAUGUUCUGACUCCGUGCCCGCCCACGCCAUAGAGCAGCCCGCAGACAUACGUCCAGUGAAGCUCGAACGGCCCUGCAGCGAUGAGGAAAAUACAACUACUCACUCUGAAGAGAAAUCAUACGCCUUGCCACUGAGACUAGUAGGAUAUGCAUCGGACAAAGAUUCGAACGAGUCUGAUGUAUACAUGGAAGGAUUGGAUAUUCCGUUAGCUGGAUCUACUGCUGAGCCUGAUGAAAGGGUUAAAUUUGAUGAAGAUGUAUACGGCGUCGUCAGGUCCUUGUCCGGAGGACACCGCAUGCAGGUCAUGCAGCAGCGACAGGAAUCCAUGACGGAAACCACUACGCUUUUUUACUCCAAAUUCACCACAACGAGUAGGGGAACGCCAGUUAAUGGCUACUCAGCCGAUGAUUCCACCAACGACAAGGUUUGA